CCAGACCCCCCGAUAUGAAUUCUAACCCCCUGGAAAAAUUAUAUUCAAUCCCUUUUGAUUAACACUAAACCCAUUCCCCUCCGUGUUGGAUGAGAUCAGAUACACACACACCCAGCACCGGACUGCAAGAAGUGUCUCCGGUCGAUUACUUAAAAUGAAGACCGGUUGCGAAGAUGUAACGUAGUCCUUACCUCGCCUUGUCAUGAAAGGCAAUGAUGGCUCUUAUUUCAACGCUUCAAGCAGUUCUUCCUUGCUAGUCGCGGUGUUUGCCUCACUGGCUUCCGUUCGCUCCCACUGAAAAAACGGUGCUGGUGGACCAUGCGAAAGAAGUUUGAGGCGUUGACCACUGGUGGUGGUGGUGGUGGAAGUAGAGCCUCUCGGGGGGCGUUGCUGGUCGGCUUAUGGUGCGCGAUGGAUUUCCGGUCCACCCCGCUGGGCUAUCGCGUUGGCAUCAAGAGUUCCUCUCGGAAAGUAAACUCCGCCACCAUCCUCCGCAGCCGUGCUACUGGGGAUACUACGAGUCGACCCCGGUCGCGCUUGGAGCAGGGUCUGAAAAAAGUGCCGCAACAUGCGCCGGCUGCCGAAAUUGUCGGCGAGGGUGAGGAAGGUCGAGCAGGUGUGGAGCCGGCUGCCGAAAAUGUCAGCGAGGACGACGAGGGAAGAGCACGUGUUGAGCUGGCUGCCGACAUUGUCAGCGAGAACGUUGUUGGACGCGUAGUUGGGGAGCCACGCGACGGGCGGGAGCCAAGCUUUGCCCAGGUUUCUACUUCAAUAACUAACUGGGAAGAUAUCGAAGCGACGAAUCAGAACGAACCUUGGGUCACAAGACUUCUGGAUUUAUGUAAAAAAGAUCAGGAUCCUAAUUUUUUUCCUCAGAACUGUUGGAACAAUGUCGACACGUGCCAAGUGCUGAAAGGGUAUGAGUUCAAGGCUGGAAGUGGCACCAUAAUGGCGGACUUCAACCUCUGGGGGAAGGGCGAUCUUGUGGGCGCCGGCACAGAAAGGAACUAUGAUCCCCUGGUGGGUACGACGGAGGCCGACAAGGGGGUGAUACUGGCGCGAAACGGGAACGGGAUCGACACCUUUUAUCCUGCAUUGGAUUGGGUGGAACAGUGCCAGAAUCUCUGCGCUGCAUGGCCCAACACGGGACGAUUCACCGGUCAUGGCGAGCAAAAGUGCGUCGCCUGGCAGGUAUACACAUACAAGCCAGGGGUGCAUGGAGUAUCCAGCGCAACUACGUAUCGCGAGCCCCGAACGGCUGGAAUCGCCUGCCGACUUUACAGCAAGGUGCCUCCCGGUUCCGACCAAAUCGUUCCGAAUUACGAGUACACGCAGGGCGGGGACAAUCAUGCUUUUUCAACAGGAACGACAAUAGUAAGCAGACUUGGAACACCUUGCUCCAGGGACGCGACGGACUUUAGCAAGUGCGAGUCGGAAACAUACGGAUUGUUUCUGGAUUGGCCAGACGGCGCGACGGGGGAACAAACGCACCCCGACGGUGGCAUGUUUAAGCGCAACGCACGAGUAAACCCCGGUGAUUGGCAGAACGCUAUCAAAGACCAAGGUAUCUUUAAAGAUGUGGAAAUCAAUCUACAGACAAACGAACAAACUGGUGUUGUCACCGGGCUGCCGCGACUGGGUCCCCCAGGUAGUGGAGAGUGGAAAGUCAAAGGAAUUGAGAUUGGAUCCGGACAACAAGCUAUCGAGUGGGAACAGACUCCGGGGGACCUGGCAGGUCGCUGGGUGGAGUACCUCCAGCCCCGCGGUGGGGCUCUAGCCCCGGGCCACGGCUUUUGGAUCUGCCUGGCUUAUUGUCGGAUUACGCCAUGGUGUCUCGGAAUGAGCGCAGGAAUUGGGCACUGGGAAUGGGGUUACGAUGGUUGCUGGCUUCGCGAAUUGCAGCCCGCAGACAGAAAAUAUCCCGUCCGAUGGGAUCCGAAUGAUGAUCGCGCGGAAGUCCAUUCCGUAUACAGCAUCUGCAGCGUGGGCAAAUUCCAGCCUCUUCUACCGGAAGAGCAGCCCCCGGAAACAACCCCGGCUCCGCCAACAACCCCAGCUCCAACGACCCCGGCUCCAACGACCCCGGUUGUCACGACCCCGGCUGUCACGACUACGGCCGCCCCCCAUGUUCUCAGUACGAGUACCACCACACCGGCAGCGAUGAAAGAGGACAACACAACGUACGCGCAGGAGCAGACCGACGAGGAGUCGGACAAUUGGUGGAUCUGGAUUCCGUUGGCGGCCCUUCUCUUGCUGUGUCUCUUGUGCCUGCUGUGCUCCUGCUGUUGCAAGGCGGACGAAGACGACGACGACGACGACGCGCAAUCCCCGCUGGGCGCCCCCAGACGGGGGAGUGCGGUGCGCGGGCGGCGCGGCGGCGGAGGCAGGGGUGGCGGCCGUGACAGCGGUGGUCAUUUCGGAACAUCAAAUAAGCACCAUCACCAUCACCACCAUCACCAUGUGCACCGGGACAACAAGAAGAUGAAGCUACUGCCCGAAGAGACCGAGCAGGCCCUUCUCGCGGAGGGCUUCAGCCCGUCCUACGCGAAGAAGCUGGCCAAGGUGAUUUGCGACCCGGAUCCGAAAAAGGACGACGACUCGUUACCGCCGCCAAAGCACCACCGCGACCUCGCGGCGCUGCAGAAAGCGCAGUUUGGCGGGUUCGAGAACGCCGCGGAGCUGCGGCAGGUAUUUGCGGCGAAGGUGAAGGUGAAGCGGGACAACAAGUUGAAGGGGGCGGCGAUGAAGGACCCCGGACUGGGGUACUGGGAGACGCUGCUGCGCGCCGACGGGUUCUCCCCGGCGUUCGCGAAGAAGGGCGCCAAGCGGCUCGCGAAAGCGCGGUCGGACGAGGCGCUGGAGGCUCCGGCGGACGACAAGGACCUGGCGCUGUGGCACCUGCGCGGGCUCGCGGGGACGGAGUGCGCCGCGGAGGUGAAGGGCGCGUUCCUGCGCGCGGCGACGAACAAAAAGGCUCCGCUGAACAAAAACCUGAUCACGCCCGAAUUCGGGGAGGCGGAGGCCAUCGCGCUGGCGCACGGCUUCACGCCGGCGUUCGCCAAGACGCUGGCCACCGCGUUGACGGACACCAAGCCGGGCACGCCCGCCGCGAAGAAGAAGCUGCCGGCCUGGAAGACGGAAUCGGACCGGGACGUGCUAGAUGCGCUGGGGCUGGGCCCCGUCGAGAAGGUGACGGUCCAGGACAUGCUGCAAUUCUUCUCGCCCCGCGUGCAGCGGAAGCGGCUGGCGACCAAGGCCGGGGACAAGGUGACCGUGUCGGCGAAGGAGUGCGAGGAGGCGUUGGUGAACUCGGGCGUGUCGUUAUCCUUUGGAAAAACGUGUCCACCCCCUAGUUGUCAUGCAAAUCUGCAUGCGUAAAACGUCUUUCAUGCGGAGCCCCAUGAGAGGACGCAUUGUCUAGCACUAUUUUGGAAUCUGUGAUGCUCGAAUCAGCAUGAGAAGCUAGAUUUGUGAUGCUGCUGCACUAACAAAAUGCGACUACAUCGCGAGCCCAAACUUGGCAUGCGCAACAGCCAAAACUUGUUGAUUUGUGUUGCAGAUGGCAUCCCAACUUGACUACGGGGUCGUCGUGGGGACGUUUUUACAUAUGAUAGUCGUCGAUUUUGGCGCGGCGGCUGGCCCAGCAGGCGGCGGACCGGAACAACCGGAAGCCGCUGGACACGCAGAACCUCGACGAGCUCGACCAGAAGGCGCUGGCGGCCCUGGGGCUGGGCGGCACCGAGACCGCGACGGAGCUGCGCGGGCUGGUGGCGGUGAAGACCGCGAAGAAGAAGACGAAAAAGCGGGCCGCGAAGGUGGCGGCGGCGAAGGAUUGGCGGCCCGAGCUCGGGGAGGUGGAAACCGCCCUGAAGGAGGUCGGGCUGUCGCCCAAGUAUCGGAAGAAAUUGGCCGCGCAGAUUGUCAGCGCAAACCUGGACCCGAGCUCCGUCAUCGAGCGCCCCGAGGGUAAGGACCUCCGGAUCGUGCUGAACUUCGGGUUUGGCCCGAAGGAGACCGUGAUGGCGCUAAAGAUGGCGCUCCAGCCCGCGAAGACCAAGCACAAAUCGUCCAAGAAGGGGGCCGCGGCCAAGACGAGCUUGAAGUCGAACGAUUCGGACGCGACCAGCAGCCGCACGUCCAAGGAUUCCGCGCGGCUCUCCAAGCGCGGCAAGGGCGAAACGAAGCACAAACGCCACAAGGAUAGCGGGAAGCUGUCCACCGCUUCGGAAAACAGCGGCCUCUCGAGUAGCAGCGCCCCCUCCAGCCGGGAGGGCUUCAAGAAGGACAAGAAGCAGGGGAAGAACAAAGACAGCCGGAAGGAAUCCGACCUCGAAGCGGAGGAAACGUUCACGCCGGGGGGCCGGGUGCUGAAAGUGGACGGGGAGGACGACGGCUACGGCAAUUUGGUGUUGAAAAAGAAGAAGAAACACCAGCACAAGGACCACCACGACAAGAACAAGCCCGGGGUCUUCGCGGCGCCGAGCAUAGGCCACAGCAAGCAGGACCACGAGGACCAAAACCUGGCUUCCUCCUCGCCCGCACUAACCGCAGACAGCUACGGACGCGAGGCCCGCGCGGUCUUCGAGAAGGCCAUCCUCGCGCAGGGGCUGAGCCUAUCAAAUGCAAAAAUGUCUGGGUCUGGAAAUUUGUGAUGCUAAAAGUGAAUCAUGAUAGACGUACUGCAAUACGCAGCUACGCAUAACAAAUUUUUUGGCUGCCAUGUCUUACGUAUUCCGCAUGGCAAACUGCGUUUUUGAAUGACAGGUAAGUAGAGGGCUUUUUCGUGCCUAUGCAACGCAGAUUCUCGAGUCAUGCCAGACAAUCAUGACAAACUUGCAUUCUUCCAGACUCAGACAUUUUUGCAUUUGAUAGAGCCCGCACUACGCCAAGAAGCUGGCCAAGGCGCUGGCCAAUCCGGACAUUGACGAGAAUUUGGUCUCUCUGCCCCCCGCGGUUGGCGCCGACCUGGAGAUCAUGUCGCAGACGAUGGGCAUCGACGGCACCGGCGUGGAGCACGCGCAGCUCGCCCGCGAAAAGUUUAUCAAGGCCGCGAAGAAGUUGCCGCCCGAGGCGCUGCACCACAGCAGCUCCGACGACCAGUUGUCCGACGGCGCGCGGGGCGAGCGGGUGUCUGCUGCGCACGACGACGACGAGGAGGACAAUAUCCCUCCGGAGCUGCAGGCGCUCGCGGCCACAUCGGGGUUCAACAACUUGACCUCCACUUUGUCCGGCUCCGUGCACAGUCUACCCUCCAUCGACCUGAACCUGGCUUCCAAUUUGCAGCUGGGGGAGGUGGAGCAUAUCUACCUCGUGUCCGGGUUCUCUCCCGCGUAUGCGAAAAAGGCGGCGAAGCGGGUGGUGGCGAAGGAUUCCGGGGUUGAGUUACCGGAAGAGGAGGACUACAAGGUGGAGGAGCAUGAGGUGAUAUGCAUUGCAAAUAUGUCUGGGUCUGGAACACUGCAACUUGUCAUGCUAAAGCAGAAGCAUGCUAAAAUUUGUGUUGCAUGAUUGCCAAAAGCUGUGCACUUUCGACCAAGUUGAGAGGGAGUUUCUCAUACAGGAGGGGCAUGAUAGAGACCUCACAGAAUCUGUCAUGCUAAAUUUUGCAUUUCAGACCUCAGGGGUCAUGGAAAAUCAGCAUGACAAAUUUUGCAUUCUUCGAGACCCAGACAUGUUUGCAUUUGAUAGGUGACGAAGGAGGACAAGAAGCUCUUGUCCGCGCUCGGAUUCGAGAACGACGGCGCCGCGACGCAGCACGAGAAGAUGGACCACUUCAUGAAGCUAUGCAUUGCAAAUAUGUCUGGGUCUGGAUAAAUUGGAAUCUGUAUUGCGCGUCUUGCACUCCUGUAAAAUCUGUAUUGCGUGACCGACAAAAGCGCGAAUUCUCUGUCAUGCAAAAACGCAGUUUCUCAUGCGUAUUACACAUGAGGAAACGUCCUAAAAAUUUGUCAUGCUUGGCUGCUCUCAGGAGUAUGCUCGAUCAUCGCCACUUAGCAUUACAAGUUUCCAGACCCAGACAUAUUUGCAAUGCAUAGAAGCAGCUCGCCCGGGAGAAGAAGCGGGAGGCGCUGCAGGCAAAAGCCCAGUCCGGCUGUGUACCCUGGCUGUGCCCCGGCGACCGGGAGGCCCGGCGCGCUUUGCGGGAGCUGGAGGCCGAGAUCGCGGCCGACGCCGAGGAGCACGACGCGCUGGAGUUCGCCGGGUUGGAGGUGGAGAACGCGGUGCACGAGGACGAGGCGAAGAAGGCGCUGGUCCGGGCCGGGGUGGACGAAAAGGCCGCGGAGAAGCUGGCGUCGAAAUUAGCGGACGCGGAUAACGUGGCACAGGAGCUGAGUGAGAAGGAGAAAAAGGAGCUGAAAUCCGUCCUGGGCGACGCCGCAGACACGCCGGGGGUGGACUACGGCAAGGUGGCUUCCCAGCUGAUGUCGCAGCAGGCGGACUGCUUCGUGGACUCGUUGUCGCCGGAGGCCUUCGAAAUGUACGUGAACAGCAAACGGCUCGCGUCCAAAUCCCCCAUGUCCACACUGCUCUCGUCCUACGGCGCCAGUGGCGAGAGCGGCCUCUAUGGAUUGUAAAAAUGUCUGGGUCUGGAAGAUUGCAACUUGUCAUGCUAAAUCUGAAUCAUGCAGAAAUUUGUGUUGCAUGAGUGCCAAAAGGUGUCCACUUUCGACCAAGUUUGGAGGGAGUUUCUCAUGCAGGAUAGGCAUGGCAGAGACCCCACAGACUCUGUCAUGCUAGGUCCCGCAUUCCAGACCUCACGAGUCAUGGAAAACCUGCAUGACAAGUUUACACUCUUCCAGACCCAGACAUUUUUGCAUUUCAUAGCCUCGUCGGGGUGCCCAUUUCCGAUCUCAGCAGCAAGGAGUUCGCGAAUUUCAGCCCGACGUCUUAUCCUGAGCAAAAACGUCCCCUCCCCAGAGUCAAGAUGGGAAAUCUGCUAGACAAAUCCACCAGAUUUUUGUUUUUGUGCAUGACAAGUUGUUUGGCCAUGUAGUGUAAUCCUGUUUGGCUAGCUCAGAAGCAUCACAGAUCUAGCAUAGCAUGCUGGAUCGAGCAGCACAAAUUCCAAAACACGACUAGAAAUUGCUUCUCAUGGGUCUGCGCAUGAGAAACAUUUUAGGCGUGCAGAUUUGCAUGACAGCUCGGGGGUGGGGACGUUUUUACAAAUGACACGUCUUCGGCCUUCGUCAAGAGCGGACUGGCGUCGGAUUUGGCCAGCGAGCCACUCUCCGCUGCGCAAAAGCGCGAGAUCAUGAAAUCAAGAAUACGAGAGCAGUGCAACUUCUGAAGCUAGUUGCUGGUUGUUCCACAUAGAAAAGGACUUUUUUUAUCGUAUUGGCCGCGAAAGAAUGACAAGAACAAUCUUCCCGUAUGCUGGUUACAGCAUACUAAAAUCCAGAAGAUAUUAACGCAGGAGUUUUCGGAGGAGGCGAAGCUGAGAUUUCAACAGUGCUACCCCAACAAGUCUCUCGCUUUUGCUUUUUCUGAAUCAUCAAAUUUUAGUAAGUUUUUUUGCUUUUUUUCAUUACUUUUCAGCUUUUUCGAUUCCAUACUUUUUUCCAUACAUUUGGCGCCCAUUGAUUUCCACAAUGCGCAAAUACGACCCCCCUCAAGACGUCGAAAAUAUAUUCUCCCCUUAUUCUCACAAACCUGACCCACCAUAGAACGCGUUCACUAACGCAAGAGCCUUUCGGAGGCAGAACUCUUUAUGGGCGCU